CUGUUUCGUCUUGAUCACCUUGUUUACUUGGCUGUAGGACAUGGAUGCUGGUGGAGAUUGUAUAGUACAAAGUAGUGUGUAUUGGUUUCUCUUUGUUUAUUCUCAUUUUAUAGUUUAUACUGUAUAAACAUACGUAUAUGAAACAGAGAAGACAAUGCAAACGUACACGGAUUAUCCAAGAAUGGGUCAUUAUGAUCCAUCCGUGACUACUUCAGCAGGUGAAAUGUUAAUGUACAGUGAUGGCAGUGCACAUUAUCCUUUGGAAGAAGAUACUUAUGAAUUACCGAGCGAAGGGUUUGUUCCUACAAGUGAGCAUUUUGCUGAGGGUUAUACAAAUGCAGAGUUCCAAGAAACACACACUAUUCUUGCAGAUGGGGGGGAUCGUUUUGGAGUGUCAGCAAUUGCAUUUGAUCAGCAAGAAGAAUUACUAUGGAUGGGUAAUCAGGGUGGUCAUGUCACAUCUUACUAUGGACAAGGCCUCCAGAAAUACACUUCUUUCCAAGUGCAUGCAAAUCAAGAGGUCCGACAUAUCCACACAUUUGAAGAUGGGAUCUUAGCUUUGACACAAACUGCCCUUCGAUGUCAAAUUCGAAGAGGAAUACCAGUAUUUACACAUAGUUCUGAUAACAUGGAAGAAAUGCAGUGCCAGCUACAGAUUUCUCGAGAUACAUUACUGAUGGGUGGGCAUCAAGAUAAAGUAAUCGAGUUUAAUCUCAGUCAGGGUCAAGAAACAAAUCUGUUACAUGUGGGAAAGAAUGGCUGUGCGAUCCUGCGGCUACAUCCUCGAUUUAUAUGUGCUGGAGACCCAACUGGUAGGAUCGAUCUUCGUGAUCCUAGCACUUUGAAAGUGGAGCAUACGUUAGAAGCACACUCAGGGAGUUUAUCUGACUUCGAUGUACAUGGAAAUCUAUUGGUUACCUGUGGAUUUUCAAAUAGACAAGGCAGCUUAUCAGUAGAUCGUUUCCUCAUGGUGUAUGAUCUACGCAUGAUGCGUGCUGUGACACCAAUCCAAGUGAUGCUGGACCCUCUGCUACUAAGGUUUAUGCCAUCUUUUUCAUCUCGUCUAGUCACUGUGUCUGCUCUUGGUCAAAUGCAGCUUGUUGACACUGUUGCUCUUUCACAGCCAAAUCUGUGUUUAUAUCAGGUCAACACAGCUGGCUCUAUGUGUUUGGCACUCGAUGUGUCAUCGUCCUGCCAAUGUAUGGCUUUUGGUGAUGGUGGAGGUUCUAUCCAUUUCUAUACAUCCAAUCCACAUAGAGCCAUGUUCAAUAGCUUUUCUCGGGAGACUGAGUUUGCUGAUCCAGUUGAACCUCUACCACCAAUUAGUAUUCUGGAUGAUGUUACACCAUUAUCUUCAGUUCCAUUACCAUAUUACCAACCAGGGAGUAUGUUGCUCUCUGAUUGGCCAGAGCAGUAUUUGAAGAAAGUAUACAGACGGACACCGCCAAUUGAUCCAGAGAUACUGAGAACCAUGAAAAUGCAGGGAACAAUUGGCUAUGCACCAAACCCCAUGGGCCACCGAAGAAAUCAAGUGGCAUAUAAAUUGCAGAAACAUGGUGGUGGCCAUAGCCAGAUAAAGCUAUUUGGUAAUGAUUCCCGAACAGGUAAAUCAGGAGAAGAGGCAAAUUUCAUUGCAAUUCCAAAACGCUACCGUAAGAUUGAUGUUAAGUAUUCAAAGAUGGGCAUGAACGACUUUGAUUUUGACCAGUACAACAAGACUAGAUUCCCUGGUCUCGAAGCGACUCUUCCAAACUCCUAUUGCAAUGCAAUGCUUCAGGUGCUGUACUACAUGAGCCCUGUCCGAAGUGUUCUGCUGUCACAUUUAUGUCACAAGGAGUUCUGCCUGGCUUGUGAGCUUGGCUAUCUGUUCCACAUGCUAGAUAUUUCACAAGGAUUUCCUUGCCAGUCCAGCAACUUCCUUCGAGUUUUUCGCACCAUCCCUGAAGCAUCAGCACUGGGUCUUAUACUUUCAGACCAAAAUCCUGAAAGCAAAAAGAAAGCAAACUUAAUCCAACUCAUUCAGAGUUGGAAUCGUUUCAUCCUCCAUCAAAUUCAUUAUGAGAUCCUAGAAACACGAAAACAAAAACUGUUGGAGCAGCAGCGGCAAAAUGAUUUAUCUCAAGCAGCUGAUCGCGACUACUUUGUAUACAAGGAAAAGGAUUUUCCCAGCAUACUUGGUGAUAUUCAUACAAGACUUGUACCCAAGGCCAGUGUUGACAGUUUAGCCAUCCAUGAUGCAGAUGAGAACAUAAGUAAGAUAACCCGAGUCUUUCCCAGAAUUUUGAGUGACAUUCAUUCACAUCUUGUGUCCAAAACACUGUCAGCAAAUGGUCAUAGUUCCAAUGCUUAUGGUGAAGAGGAUGGUAAAUAUGCAAGGAUAUCAGCAGCUGCUGAAGGUAAGAAACGAAUGGAAGGAAAGACCAGCUCCAGAAGGGAAGCAGAAGAUGAAGAAACUGAAAUUAGCCGCCUGUUUGGGAUGAAAAAAAUUCAUGUUCACAGAUGUCUGAAAUGUGGUCAUGAAAUUAGCAAAGAGUCCAUAGUUCUACUGUGCAAUCUCAUAUAUCCAGACAUUACUUCAGGCAAGGUGGAAUUUAGUUUCUGUGAUGUGCUACUACAAAGUUUGUGUCCAGAACAGACAACUCCAGCAUGGUGUGACUCCUGUGACAAAUAUCAGCCGACCUUGCAGACUCGCCAAUUAAAAGUUCUACCAAACAUUCUUACAAUGAAUUGUGGUCUGGACAAUCAGCAGAAUAAGUGUUUCUGGCAAACACAGAUGGACCAGGUUGUUCAGAAAGUACUAAACCAGACCGGCAUCCAAGGCGUCAGUGGUCCAUCUGGUAGACCGUGUCGGUAUGGUUCCAACUGUUCAAGACCAGGUUGCCGAUUUAAGCAUCCUGGCAAAACAGGAGAAAAUUAUACUGCAAAUACAGGUCUUCUAUAUAAUACACAUUCUUGGCUUCCUAUGCAUAUUCGAAUAGAGUUGUUAAGAAAGGGAGGAGUUAAUAUUAGGAAGAUACCGCCAGUGGAUAAUGAACCACCAGAAAAUGUCGUCAUGUCAGAGGAUGUAACACAAGCUAUCAGUUAUGACUUGGCUGCCAUUGUGUGCUACAUUGAUUAUCCUCAUCAACAUGAAGGGAAGAACUUGGUAGCACUUAUUAAUGUGGGGCCCAGCUAUCACUGCAGGGCAAUGGGAUCACCCGUCAGUCAGUGGUACAUCUUUAAUGACUUCAGCAUCUCGCCAGUUCCUGCCCAGGAAGUGAUUUGGUUUAGUUUGGACUGGAAGAUACCCUGUGCCCUAUACUGGGUGAAUCGAGACAUGCCCAAGAAUAUGAUACCACCUGCUCAUAAUCCUAUCACAAUAGAUGUGUUUCUGGAAGACAGGUGUUUAGCGCUCAAUAAUGGGGCCAGAAAAAUGAUCACAUUCACACCCCUGGCAGCAGAUGAAAUGCCUGGGCAAGGUGACAUAGUAGCAAUGGAUGCAGAGUUUGUAACAUUAAACCAAGAAGAAGCUGAACUUCAUAGCGAUGGUAAAUUAUCGACUAUCAAGCCAUCACAUAUGUCCGUAGCUCGUAUCACCUGCAUACGAGGUUAUGGUCCACUGGAAGGAACACCAUUUAUUGAUGACUAUAUCUCAACACAGGAACAAGUAGUGGACUACUUGACACAGUUUUCAGGCAUCAAACCAGGAGACUUGGAUGCCAACUUCAGCUCUAAGCACCUCACCACACUGAAAGCCACAUACCAGAAACUUCGCUUUCUUGUUGACAACGGGGUCAAAUUUGUUGGGCAUGGACUUAAAAAUGACUUCAGAGUGAUCAAUUUGGUGGUUCCUGCAGACCAAGUAAUAGACACAGUUCUUCUUUUCCAUCUGCCACACCACCGCAUGGUUUCCCUCCGCUUUCUAGCGUGGCAUUUUCUAGGAUUAAAAAUUCAGUCAGUCACUCACGAUUCCAUUGAGGACGCUCGGACAGCUCUUCAGUUGUAUCAGCGUUAUCAACAGGUAGAAGCCGAAGGCAGUGUGACUGCCACGAUGAAAGAAUUGUAUGAAGCUGGUAAGCAGUUACAAUGGAAAGUGCCAGGGGUUGAUACUUAAGACAUUUCGGUAGUUGGGUUAUGAAAUCCUGCAAUAAAUUUAACUCUCAUCAAGAGAAUAUUUUUUUAAACAAAUAUUUUUUGAUAGUACUCACACAAAAGAAAGACAUUCAAGAAGCAUAAUAUAUCUGAAUGAUGAUGAAAUGCUAAUUUUUCUGCUUCCAAAUGGCUAGUGUCUCGUGAAAUUAACGUCAUCAAUUUAUAACACUGUUUUUUAUUUUUAUGUUUUAAAUUUUAGCACUUUACCAAAUUAUUACAGAUUUUAUGGGAGACGUCAGUGAUGUUGCGUAUGGAAAGUUCUGGUUUCAGAAUCUUUGCUGUACUUGAAUGGAUGUUAGUAUGUAUUCUUUUUAGGAACUUGGUUAUGUAAUAUAUGAAUGUUAAUGUUUUCUUGUGUGUUCUAUCAACAAAAUUAAAUGCUCAUUCCAUACAUCCAAUAAAGAUGUAGUUAUUAACAAUUUAGAGUUCUUUUAGUAGCCUUUCAGUGGCUAUUUAAAUGAACUGCAUGUUUAGUAUUUUUUUAGGAAAUUUCAUAUAGGCUAGUAUAGAUACAUAUUUAUCUGAUUUUAUCUCAUACAAUGAAAGUUUUUUAUUUUUCCUAAUAUUUAACUGAUAUUAUAUAGCCUAUUUGUACCUCUUUGAAUUAUUUGAUAUGGGAGUAUGUUUUACCUAACUUCACUUCGUGCUAGGCAGUUACCAAAAGUGCGCUAUUUUUGGUUGCUUGUUGGAGCUGCAAGUAAUGAGAUACAUUGAGUUCAGUAUCGUAACUACGAAGGCAUGAUAUAUUAAAGCUUCCAGAAACUGUUAGCAGGAUAGAUAUAUACUUUUAUUAAAAUGUUUAUUUGCCUUUUUAAAUUUCCAUUCUUUUGUAUUUCACCAGCUUCAAAAGCACAAAAUAUUACGGAGGUUUAAUUAUCAAAAUCAAACACUUCAAAUAAUUUCUAAAUCAUAAAUACAUUAUCCAUAAAAUCAUUUGUAGAAGAAUGAUGUUAACAGUUACAAGCAGGGCAAUAGCGCUAAAGUCUGAGGAAGUAUCUGGCAAAUUUAACGCAGUAAGAAUUUGUAGUACCAUAUCAGAAGUUAUGCACAGAAGUUGAUCACUACACUGCAUAAAAAUAAAUUCAUAGGUAUUGCUAUGUACACGUAGAUAUCAGAACCGUCCUGCCUUUUCCAAGCGCUAAAUGUAAUUCAUAAACGAGCUGGGAAAACUGCCCUGUGGAAGCAAUACUGCCAGAAAAGUUGGUUAUGUUGUCCUCCGAAUGAAAUAGUAAACUGGGAAUGUUGUCAGUAUAAAAGUGAAAUUCCAAUUAUGAAUGUGUCGUAAUUCCAUUUGCACUUGAACAGUGUUUAUGAAGUAUUUGGUUGUGUAACUUUAUGCAUCGCUUUGCUUUUCGUAUGUGAUGUUCAGUUAACUCCUGGCACUAUUCUGCAAUGCAUUUGAUGUGUUUGGUGAUUUAGUUGUAAUGAUAAUUCAUAUUAGUAGAUUUAUUUUUGUAAUGCUGAUUUACAUCAACGUUUUAGUAUUUUUUUAAAAGAAGUUAUUCAACCAAACAUGAAACAGACAACAUUCCGUUGUACUAUGUCUUUAACUUAAUUUUAAUCGGGGUAUAAAUUAAACGUUUAACCUAUUAUGAGAGGAAAUUAUAUUUUCUUAGAUUACUUUUUUAUAAAUCAAAGACAGUAUUUAGAUUGACGUGUAAUUUAUUCUCAUGUAGGAAGCCAAGAUAUACUUGACUUAAUCGUAUUUUUCGGCUCAAUAUUUUAUCAUGUAUGUUGUGGUACACAUGGAAUGUAUGAUUUUAAAUAAAAGAAAUUACUUAAAUAUUAGUAUGUCAUAUUGACAGAUCAGGUUUCUUUUUCAGUAUCUGCCAUUCUGGAAAUUAACGUUCAUAAUGUUCUGCAUUUAUCAAGUACGAACAACACUGAAUGCAUUUGUUGCAGAGUGUUUUAGAUUUUGCGCCACGUCAAAAGUGAAAUGGCAUCCGGAUGCUUUGUAGAACCUGCUGCAUUCUUCAGGAUAAAGGCAGGAAGUAAGUUCAGAUAUUUUGUAUCUAUUCAAGGUGGUGCAAGAUCUGAAAAACUCUGCCAACAGACUGGACUGCCGUGAAAACCGUAAACGUCGCGCAACUUGUUUGGUUUAUAGUUGUGUUUAAUGUGACUUAUUUUGUGUUUAGGUGUGGGGUUUGUGCCUAUAUUCUCUGGAAUAGAUAGAAUAUUUGAGGCAUAUGAAAGUAAUUAUUUCAUUUAACAUUUUUAAAUACAUUUUAAUGUGUGGCUGUUGAAAGAAUACAAACCAGUAUAUGUAAAUUUAUAUUUAUUGUCUUACAGGUUUAGACAUUUUUUGUACUUUCAUUAUUUUUAAGACAUGCCACUCAAAUCUGAAGACAGUGAUGGACCAAGUAAAAUGCAUCACCUAUGCAAAAUAUUUUUUAAUAACCUCAGAUUAUUCAUCCCCUUCUUUGUUCUGCUGGAGAUUGUAGAUGUAAAAAUGUGCUCUGCAUUACACAUCAGUACAAAUAUAAUUAUUCCACAUCAGAAAUGUUACUGAAAAAAGACUACAGUAUUUCAGGAAAGUACCUUCGUCAUAUACUGGUAUUAAGUGCAAUAAAAUGAAAUUAGUGAGACCAACAUAAAGUAGAAAUUUCCCGGGAAGAAUGAAGAAAAAACACUUAUGUCGUGCUGCGGUAUGAAAUUCCUGUCAUCUGUGUUGGUGACAUUAAUAAAGGUGAGAUUUCAGGUUCGUACAGCAACAAAUAUGUUUUACGAUGUUACGUCAUGUAUUCUGCUAGAAACUGACUGAUGUUUCAGAGGAGCUUACUGCCUCCAUCUUUGUCGCUAAUAAACUUAUCAUAUCUGAGAUAAUGCUCAGUGCAGAAAUAAUUCUGUAUUCUUUCCAUGGCUCUGAUCAAGAAUGGAAUCCCCAUAAAGCUAAUAAUCAAAUAAAUUAUUUCAUUAAUUGAAUGAUCCGUGGAGCUGAAGAAUUAUUCUUUAGCUCUAUGGAUUAGGACAUGUGGGUUAUUCUGAUGCAGAAUCAAUUAUAAAAUAAUUAAUCUUUCAGGUAUUUGGUCCAUAACAAAUCUAUGUACAAUACAUUUUCACUGUUACUGUUGCAAAGGGGCACCACUGCCUCAACAGAACUGUGGCUCGUAUUAAGUCCAUUGUCCAGUCCCCCAAUAAUACAUGAGUGAAUAUGGAUUAGCAGAGGAAUGGUACUGACGGGGAAAAACUGAAGAAAAAUCUGUUCUGGUUUUCUUGUCUACCAUAAAUCCCACAUGGACUGCCCUAAGCACAAACCCAGGUCUCCAUUGUGAGAAGGUGGCGACUAACCUCCUGAGCUGUGGUAUGGCCUCAUAACACAAUACGGGGAAACGGGCUUAUUUUCAUGCCCCUGAGCGUGAAUUGGAAAUAUCAGUAUUAAAUGGGUGCCAUAUGAUACACUCAUAUACAAGCUUAAAUUCAAAAGGAUAAUUUUAUUUUUUAUGACAAACCCCACACUUACUAAUGUAUGUAAUCAGCUUUCUAAUUUAAAUAAAAUUAUUUUUUUAAAAACUGUGUAUGUUUUAAUGCCCAAAGACGUCAUUUGUGGGAGAAUUUAUUUUUGUGUACAUGUAGAAUACUGCAUUUGUGAACACCACAGCUUACAAUUAAAUACAGAACAUUGCUAUCUUACUGAUAGUUCUGCGGAAGAGUAAAAGUGUUCUCAUAUUACUGAUAUUUUCAGUGUUACUUAUUCAAUUAUAGUCAUGUUUUAAAAUUUAUAAUAUGAAUUCUCAUUUUAUUAUGAGCAAGAUGUAAAGAAGAAAAUAUUUUUGUAUGUACAAAGCUGGAAAGUUAAAUCACAAACUGAGAAGAUACGUAUUUUAUUUUUAAAAUGUUGCUGUACUUAUUUGGUGUACUUUCAUUUUUAACAAUGUACAUUUCAUUAUUUAAGUGGUUCAAUACUUGUAACAUUUCAAAACAUUCCUUGUACUUUACUGUGAGAAAGAUUGUGUGCUGUUUUGUAAGCAAGACACUGAAAUACAGUUAGAAAACUCUGAGUAAUUCAUCCAA